GACCUCUGGGGGAGGGGAAAGGGGAGGGUUUCGGUAGUUUUCUUCAAUGAGGCCAACUAUAACAUCAGAGUCAGGAAUAGUUUGUCGCCAAAAUUAAUCACAGGCACAUUCCUCUCCGAAAAAAAGAGUCAAAAUUGCUUUAUAUGUAGCCACAUGUAGAAUGGAGUGGCAGAAAAAGAUUCAUGUAGCCAACUCCAGUAGAUUGAACAUAUGGCUUAGUUUGGUGUAUGUGCUGUGUACCUACAGAGCAAAUUAAAAGCCCCAAAUCCUAAACAAAGCUGGAUUUUUUGGAAGCCGUUGUUGAGAAACUUUUUUGUCUUUAGGCGCCUCCAUUUGUAAAAUGGGCUGACAAAGACGAUGAAUAUAUGAAAAAAAAAAAUGGACUUUUCUAGUACCAGUUUCCUCUUUACCUUUUGGACCACAGAAUUGCUUUCAAUCCUACUAUGGUGACCAUGCUUUGGAUACCAUGGGGGAAAAUGCUGAAGAAUGAAGUGAACCCUCACAUCAGCAAGACAACUCGUUUACCUCGGAAACGCUUCUAUCGCGCAAGGGCCCACAGCAAUCCACUAAGCGAUUCCCACUUCCCGGUGCCUGUCUCCCCUUGCCAUGUCGACUACUCCCUUCAUUACCCUCAACUUUUUCAAUCAGAUCGAACCGUCAAUUCCAAGAUCCAAUUUGCAGACAUAGGCUGUGGUUUUGGAGGGCUUCUAAUUAGUCUUUCAACUCUUUUCCCAGAAACCCUAAUGAUUGGGAUGGAGCUAAGGGACAAGGUGACAGAAUACGUGAAGGAGAGGAUUUUAGCUCUGAGAGUGGAAAAUCCUGGUCAAUACCAGAAUGUGUCAGUGGUUCGGACUAAUUCCAUGAAGUACAUUCCCAAUUAUUUUGAGAAAGGACAGCUCUCGAAGAUGUUUUUCCUUUUCCCUGAUCCUCAUUUUAAGGAGAAAAAUCAUAGGCGUAGGGUGAUAAGUCCACACUUGCUAGAUGAAUAUGCUUACGCUCUUUGUAUUGGUGGGAUUAUAUACACAAUUACGGAUGUGGAAGAACUUGGCGAGUGGAUGAAAGCUUGUUUGGAGGGGCACCCUAUGUUUGAAGCAGUUGGGGAUGAAGAACUUGAAGCCGAUCCAGUUGUGAAUCUCUUGAGUUCAGCCACCGAGGAAGGGCAGAAGGUUGCAAGGAAUGGUGGACAAACUUUUCAAGCAGUUUAUAAACGUGUUGUGCCGUCUCUUUGAUUUUGAUCUCUUCAAUUUUGGCAGUUUCCUCAAUUCUGUAGCUUGCUGUCCCAGCUUUCUGAAAUCAUUUUUCCAUGCUGAUCUUCUGGUACUUGAAUCUCAAAUUUUCAGCUAGCUAUUGUAGUUGUUUUCAUAUAAGUUCAUGAUUUUGGCA